GAGUCCCCCCGCACUCUUUCCUUCUUGUACAAAAUUUCCUCUUCCUUCCCGUUCGUGGUUGUAUGUCGACUCUAGAAUAACACCAGUUAACCACCGCAUCUUUUUCCUCGCCGUCAAAUAAAAGGCGCACAAAAAAAACACCCGUUCCGCCUCGUAGUUUUAUUAACGUGUUUUUAUUCAUUUUAAAAGCGCAUUUUCGCGUUACGUGUUCACGACAUCGCCAACGAAACGAGCCGGUACACUACGAGCCCCACGCGUGGACUUAUUUUGAGGAGUUACGAGUACAAUUUACAGCGUGGAAGCUGCGCGCAAACGGAGCAGCAGGUGUCCGUGAAGGCACCAUGGAUGUCAACUUCAAAUGGAAGCGCUGUCUGUGGUGAGCGAGGACCAGCCCAUAUACGAGCCGCCGUACAACGCCGCCAUGCACAUGAAGGCGGAGAUGACGUCGCCGGGCGGAUUCAAGCAAAGUCCCGAGCACGCUGAACCUGAAUGGCAGUCCACCGCCGUGCAGAAGAGGGGCGAGCACGUCAACGGAACCAACCACGAAACCCCAGUUGACUGCAGCGUGACAAAACGCUCUCGACACAUGAGCGACGACGGCGUCCCCAUGGCGUACCAGCCCUCGUACCCGGAGCCUCGUGUCAGCCCCCCCAAUGUCACCCCGCCCAGCAUUACCACCACGGAGGAGAAGCGCGUCAUCGUACCGGCAGACCCUGAGAUGUGGACCCAGGAUCAUGUGCGUCAGUGGCUGGACUGGGCCAUCAAAGAGUAUGUCCUGGAGGAAGUGAACGUCAUGCUAUUCCAAGCACUGGACGGCAAGGCCCUGUGCAAGUUGACCAAAGAGGACAUGAUGCACCUCACGUCUGCCUACAAUGCCGACAUCCUGCUCUCGCACCUCAAUUACCUCCGGCAGAGUAGUCCAACUUUUUCAUACUCUACAACGGCCUCUACCAAUACGCCGCCUCCUCCACCUCCGCCACAGCCUCGACUUCAGGUCAAAGCUGAGAGCAGUUUUGAUGAGAUCAGCCGCAGAAACAGCUGGACUACCAACAACAUGGCGGCCGUGCCCAAAGGUUCCACCAUGGAGCAGCAACACAGCAGAGUGUCAGAACCAGUGUCAAGAAUUGGCCAAGAUCCCUAUCAGACAUUAGGGCCCAUAAGCAGCCGGCUAGCAAACCCAGAAGGCCAACCUGUACGCUCGUCCAAGAAACGAACAAGCAGGCAAAGUUCGUACAAGCUGACUGACCUCAGCGCCCAAAGGCCUGUGGGUUCUGGCCAGAUCCAGCUGUGGCAAUUCCUACUGGAGCUUCUGUCAGACAGCAACAAUGCCGGCAUCAUCACAUGGGAGGGCACCAACGGCGAGUUCAAAAUGACCGACCCCGACGAGGUGGCCAAGCGCUGGGGCGAGCGCAAAAGCAAGCCCAACAUGAACUACGACAAGUUAAGCCGCGCCUUGCGCUACUACUACGACAAAAACAUCAUGACCAAAGUGCACGGCAAGCGCUACGCCUACAAGUUUGACUUCCAGGGGAUCUCGCAGACGCACCAGAGCCACCAGGCGGCUGACGGCGGCGGCAUGCUGAAGUACCAGACGGAGAUGUCCUACGUGCAACCGUACCACAGCCACCAGCCCAAAAUGAACUUCAUGACAGGCCACCCGCCGCCCAUGCCCGUGUCACCCGGGAACUUUUUUGGGCCGCCGACCACGUAUUGGAACUCGCCAAGCAGUCCCAUCUACCCCGGGACGGCUAUGAACAGACACCCAGCUGCUCAUUCCCACUUGAGCUCGUACUACUGAGUACUUACAUAACAUAAGUAUACCAUUUACGGCAAUAGCCAAUCUAUUUGAACCAGGGGCGGGACAUAAGGGGGUGCUGGGGGCCCGGGCCUCUAAAGGGGCGGGUUAAACAGAAAGGUAAGAUAAUGCGUGGGGCUGUAAUAUAGUGUUUAAGUGUUAAAGUAUCUCUGCCAGGCGCUUAGCCGGUUGUCUGGAGGGGCCCGCAAAUAAUUGUCCACUAGCACCCCCUCUUGUUGAACGGUCAACUCAGGGGGGUGGGGCGUUUAUACUUAUCGCACCUGAGCCUUAUUCACAUUUGUUCCGCCACUGAUUUGAACUCCCAGUUCAAAUGGAUUGGACGUCCAUCGCCGUCAAUGUUGUCCAAUGAAUUUCAGGGACAGACAACUCCUAGUUUAAAUGGCAUUCAUGUGAAAGAGUCAAAGUAUUUCAGUAAAAAUUACUUGUAUACUGAAGUAUAAAUUACCAUAUUUUCCACACUAUAAGGCGCACCUUCAAUGAAUGGCCUAUUUUAAAACUGUUUUCAUAUAUAGGCGCACUGCAUUAUAAGGCGCAGUAGUAGUUGUAGUGCUUGGGGUUGUGUUAUACAUCCACUAGAUGGUGCUGCGCUAAGAGGAAUCUCAUGCCAUGAUUAACCAAAAUUGAUCCAUAUACAGUGGUACCUCGACAUAUGAUAGCUUCGACACACGAUCUUUUCAACAUCCGACGUAAAAUUUGACUCGCCAUUUGUUUCUACAUCUGAUGACAUGCUCAAAAUACGACAAUUUAUGACAGCGCCGCAGUUUUGUUUUCCCGCAAGACGGACGUACAGUGGAUUUUCUUGCGAGAGAAAUCAACACGGGUUCCAAGAAGGUUAGCGCAGGUGGUGAAAAAAGGAAAAAGGUUGCUGUAGAAAUGAACAUGGAAAUGAUAGAAAAAUAUGGGCGCGGUGUGCAUAUCUGUGAACUGGCUUGACAAUACGGCCGUAGAAUGUCUACGAUCGCGUCUGUCCACAUCCGAUCUCCAUUCGCCAGUAAUUAUAAGUUAUCGUGACAUUUAUUAUUGUGGUAACCUCGCCAAAGAAAUAACCCUUUUAGGCAGGUUUUUAAUAAUUUAUCUCAGAAUUUGUGCAACUCAACACGCCUACUGUCCGCCGCAGUUGACGCCAACAACAACAGAACAUUAAAAGAAGUAAAAUGUCUUUCUGUCACGUUAGCUACGUGGUGCGUUCAGGUACAGCACGCAAAACACAGAUUUUUAUUUAUAAUUUAUUUGUUUUGCAAUGUGUCCCGUAAUUUUCUGAGUAUAAAGCGCACCUGACUAUAUGCCGCGACCCACCAAAUUUGACACGAAAACAGCAUUUGUUCAUAGAUAAGCCGCACUGGACUAAAAGCCGCAGCUGUCCUUACUGUAUUAUGGGAUAUUUACACCAAAAGAUAUUGCAUGUGGCAUCAUAAGACUGUUAUAAGAUUAAAUGAACCACCAUGAAGCUUUGAACCAAUUGUCUGCAAAGCUUCAUUGCUUCAAGAAGCUUCAUUUGGCCAUCGCUGCUCCGUUAGGGGAGGCAGUCAACCUCUGCUGCCACCUGCUGUCAACACUGUUGUCGUCCAGUAUGCCUCCUAACAUGCAUUGCAACACUACAGAUGUAAAUAACAAUCAAAUUUCAUGUUCUGUAUGAAGGAAUUCAACCCCCCGGCCAAGCCGCGGAAACAGCAACAGCUGAACCAAAUAGUGUUCCGCUGGCACCGCUCCCGCAAGUCGGCCGAGAGGGGUAAAAUCCCGCGCGUUCACUCCGGUGUUAACCCUUUGUACUGACUCCAUUUUGAACGGUUUAAAGAAGGCUCACUGAAAACAGGUUGACAAUUUAUUCGUCAACAAUGGUCAAAAACAGACGACGGAGAGACAAUUCUGGAUCCAGGGUCGGCAAAACAACGGCUACAUAGAAAUGUUUCCGAGAAGCGACAGUUGUUAUCUAAAUGUUCAGUCUUUUGAAAGCUGCGGUGGAGUGGGCUGGGCCGAAGGCGUGCCUGGGUGAUGUCUAGGGAUCCUCCUUCUGUGGCAGGUUUGGGCGGUCAUGUUCGUGCGUCAUCUUUCGUGGUUGCCACGGCUAUCGACGCAUGUCUUGACGUUCAAGGCGCUGCGCUAUCAACAUCUUGUCCCGGCAGAACGGGAUCGUUCUGAUCUCAUCGAAGAGUUGUUGACGUCUUCUCUUUACCUUAUCAGGCGAGGGCUGAUAAGUUGGUCCCCUUUACUGUGUCAAAGGGCAUGGAGUAAAAUCUACCUAAACUAUGUUACAUGCUUUACUAUAAUGAAUGUGUUAGACUAAUCAAAACAAUUAUAUGGUGUGUGCGAGAAAGGUAACUAUUGCCUUCGUGUGCAAAUUAGUUUGUCAGUUACUGUUCUAGCUGUCUCAUUAAUUGCUUGUUAUGGUAAUUGGUAACACUUUGACAGUCGCAUUGCUUCAAGAAGCUUCAUUUGGCCAAUACUGCUCCGUUGAGGAAGACAGUCAACUUCUGCUGCCACCUGCUGCCAACAUGCCUCCUAGCAUGCAUUGCAGUGCUACAGAUGUAAAUGUUCUGUGCUAAUUAUAUCUUCAGUUACUGUUCCAGUUGUUUCAUUAAUAGCUAGUUAUGGUCUUUGGCCACACUUUGACAUUGGUGCCAUCAGACUUUCAUAAGACCAUUAUAAUUAUGACAUGAUACUGCCAUGAGCAUUAAUGAAUGCUUAUGGCAGAUGUUAUUUUGUGUUAUCCAGCAAAUUAUCUCACUUUUGAAUGAAAUGUAAAUGGCAGUCUUAUGACGCCUCUGUCAAAGAAAGUGUUACCUAUUAACCCAAAUAAAUCAACAAAUAAGAAGCACUGGACUAUAAACCACAUUCAAAAUCAGGGGAAAAAAUAGCGGCUUAUAAUCCGAAAAUUAUGGUAAUUGCCAUUUGUAAUAGUACCAGCAGUAUUUAUUAAGGAGUCAGUGUAGAUUUUUGGGCUGUGCAACGAAUUAAUGGAAUUAUACCAUUUCGACAUACCAACAAAGUCCUGGAACAAAUUAGCUUCGUAUGUAGAGGUACCACUGUAUAAGGCGGAUCGGAUAACAAGGCACACUGUCUGCUUUUGAGAAAAUUGAAGGCUGUUGUAAUGAAAUACUAAAAAGUAAAAAAUAUAUAUCUAUAAACAUAAAAUCGUAAAUUUCGCACAUGUACAUUAAUAGAGGGGAGCACAAGCGCAUGUUAGAAUGAGUAUGGAUGACAUCACGAGGAAGGGCGGGUCAUCCGGGCCACUCGCAUUUGAUUGGAUAGAAUAGUAGAAGCAUUACUAAAAUAUCUGCCACCAUUUACGAUUGCCAUUUACUGGCUUUUAAUUCCGUUUUUAUCUACUAAACAUAUCAGAAAAUGUUUUUUUUCCCCCCUAAUUCAUUAACUCAUUAGCUGCCAUUGACUGCGGUAGACGUCCAAUUCAUUCUUGACUGGGAGGAGUGAAUGAAUGAAUGAAUAACAGAUGUACAUUCACUACCAAUCCUAGUUUAUAUGAACUGGAGGUCUAUCAUUGUCAAUGAGUUAGAUAAGAUUCUUUCUGCUUGGAUGCACGUGAAAAGUUGUUGUCUGUCCCUUUAAAUAAAGUUGGAGAUGAGAACGUGGUCGUUGGAAUGCAAAGUGUGGAUUCUGGUAGACAUUUCUCGUCUUGUUGAAAAGGGCAUUAUAAUUGGACGGACAAAAGGGACUAAUGUCGUAUGAUCUUCCAAGAAUGUUCUGAAUAUACUGAUCACAUGUUGUAUUUACUGUAUUCAAUUGUUACGGAACCAAGUUUCUCUUUAUGUACAAUGGAUAGAAAAGUUUACACACCCCUAUUCAAAUGUGAGGGUGUAACAACACAUCGAUUCGGAUCGAUACAUUUUGGUUAACAGUGUUGUUUUUGGCAGGCCUUUUAAUUUUUAGGACGAUAAUACUUAUUAGUGUUAGUCCCAUUUUAGUCAUGUCAAAUGUGUUUGUCUAGUUUUUGAUGACGAAAACUUAAGACUAAUUCCAUCUAGUUUUAGUCGACGUUUACUAGAAACCUUUUUGUCUAUUAAAUUUUUAAAAAUUUUACUCCAUAAAUAAAUAAAAGUUUCCAACUUGACAAAUGAACAUUUACAGGCAAGCACAUAUUGUAGCAUCUACAAGGACAAUUAUACCUUGGUGAUAAUACAUAUUCAGCAGGAAAGCAGUACAUUAUUUUCAUUUGAUUUACCCACCUGGACGCCACGAACUGUAUGUAAAAAAAAAAAGUCCCUGAGUUUAAGAGCACGCUUGCCAUUAGCAUUAGUAAUGUAAAUGCAAUGCUAACGCUACCAGUUACAUUUAUCGUGUGAUGAUCACUCAGCGAAGACCUUUAAAGGCUAAAGCAACAUUGCAUAUUCUCUCUGGCCAAGAUAAUCAAACAAAUCUUACCAUGCGUGCAAGCCUGGAGACUGGAGAGCAGCAGCAUGUCACAUGAGUGACACAGCCAGACACUGCUAGAUGGAGGCUAACAUAUAAAAUGUCACACAUUGUGAACGGGACGGAAACUAUUGCACAUUUUCGUCUCAUUCUCGUCUCAUCAGACGAAAGCUAGCAAUAGGUUUGUUAUGUUUUAGUCUCCCAAAACACGUUUUUAGCUCGUAAUCGUCAUAAACAAAUGUUCGUCGACGAAAUAUUUUCGUACAGUCAUUGUUGAUGAAAACAACCCUUGUGGUUAAGCAACAAUCUCGAUUCAAACUAUGCCGUUUGUUAAAAGAAUGGUUUUUCGCUUAAAUAUCUGAAAGGUUUCAGCGACAAAACAUCAAAAUUGCUAUCUAUUUUUGGCUUUAGUUUAAAUAUUUGUAUUUAAAAUGUACAUAUAUAAAAUUGAUCAAAUUCAAUUGAAUUAAAUGGAAUCAUGGCAGAUUUUACUCUCGGCAAACGACACAUUGUCCCAAAAAUAUAAAUGUUUCGUAUCAUGUUGUCCUGAAAUUCAUUUACACGCCAAAGGUCAGUAAGUUUGAACUUCAUACAGGUCAGUUUUUAAACGAGUUAUCCAGGUUUCAUUUUUUUUUUUACUAAUCACAAAAAACAUUUGAAUAGAUUUGUGUGGACUUUUUAUAUCCAAGUACUUUGUUUGAUAGUCGAUGUAACGGUUUUGUAAGUCAAAGAAACUUUUGUAAAAGAAAUUGUACAGACCGUCAUGUAGCAACACAACAUUUACUCAUGUUAAUAAAUGUUUCCUGUAGCUAACAAAGGGACUCCUGUGGUUGAAAUUUUAGGCUUUAAUAGUCAAACUUAAAGAUAUCUUCAAAAGUUCUGUGAAGUUCUUUAUCCUGCUCCGUGGCAGCAGAAGCAUUCAUCUUUUUCUCCCUUUCCCAGUUCACUAUCUUACCCUUCUGUGUUGACAUCGGCGAUGUGGAGGGCAUUAGCAUGUUGGAUAGUUUGACAGUUUGCGCAAUAGCCUCUGCAAAAAAGCACAAGAACGUUGUGAGAAGACUGUGUAUUUUUGAUUAUUCUAAUGGUGUGUUGUCUACUAGUCUAUCACAUAUUUGAAAAAUACAGAACAUAGCCUGUGUCCGAUAAAAAAUGAUUUUUGAAAAAUGAAGGAUAGCACGCUAAUUGUUUAUUCAAUAUAAAAAUGUAACAAUGGUUGAAAAUAACACUUCACAUCUGGAAGUUUUUUUAUUAUUCAUCCAUCCAUCCAUCAAUUACCGUUGUAUGCGGGGCCUGGUCGUAGGGGCUGAUUGUCAUACAACAU